GCCCUAGCCCUCAACCCACCCACAGGGUAGUUUACUAUCUGGGGACCCCCCAUGCCUAUGCCUUCAGCUACAAAACAAUUCAAUUGCUUUUUUUUUUUUUUUUUUUGGUCCAAAAUAAAACCUCUGCUAGCUCUGCCAACAGCUAACCUUAUAGUUACCUGUUUUUUUCAAAUGUGAAAGAUGGGUAUUCCGAAAAACCAUACAAAGAGUCCCUCUCUUUAACCUGCAUCCAAAAACUCAUGAAAUUAGAAACUGUCCAACCACAGGGAAACAGCCUGGCUAAGAUUCAAAGUGUAGGCAAAAGCCUGCAGAGAGUGAACAGAAUCCUCAUGGGCCCAAGGAGCAUCCAGAAAAGUCACUUCAAAGAGGUGGGAAAGCAGAGCAACAGGAAGGAACAGGGUGCCUGGGCAUUUGUGGAGAGUGCUGCCAAAGAAAAAAGGCUCAGGAGUCCAGCCCCAAGGGAGCUGGAACAGCCUCACAUAGAGCAGGGGCAUGAGAAGUUAGCAGGAAACGCCAUCUAUACCAAGCCUUCGUUCAACCAAGAGCAUAAGGCAGCAGUCUUCUCUUUGCUGAAACCCUUCUCCAUGGGCGUGCCUUCUAUCUCCACCCCUGCAAAAGCCCUACCUGUGGUCAGAAACAGAUUGAAAGACUUACCCAUUUUGGUUUUAGAAAAUGCAAAGUUGAGUUAAAACCAAUCGUACAUUCCAGAAAAGUUCUCUCAGUAGACUUUGCUUGCAAAGAGGCCUCCAUUCUCUGCAGUGAAAAGCCUCAUAAAGGCCCCUUCACAAGGGGCUUUUUCAUCUUUAGGAGACCUGAAUCUUCAGGAAAAUCCUUUUCCGGAAGUAUUUCUCCAUCAGAAUGUUUUAAAAGCACCACUGCAAGAAAUGCCUUUGAACAAAACAUUUUUAUGGAAAACACUACUAUGCCAGAAGGCACCAUCUCUGAAAACACAACCUACAACCAUCCUCCUGAGGGAGAUUCUGCUGGGACUGCGUUCAACUUAGAGAAGACUGUGAAACACAAUGGGAAUACAACAACAUGGGCACUGGCCUGUCUCCCGAGCCCAAAAGCUUCAAUUACCCAUUGCUCUCGUCCCCAGGUGAUCAGUUUGAAAUUCAGCUAAACCAGCAGCUACGGCCCCUCAUCCCCAAUAAUGUUGUGAGAAGACUCAUUUCUCAUGUUAUCUGGACCUUGAAGAUGGAGUGCUCUGAGCCCCAUGUGCAAUUGGCCUAUACCAAGCUCAUCUCCAGGACAGGCCUCCUGAUUCAUCAGUGAGCAGCAAGAAGUAAAGAUGUCCAAGGCAGAAUGGGAUACAGACCAAUGGAAAACUGAGAACUAUAUCAAUGACAGCACGGAAGCCCAGAGCAAACAGAAAGAGCAGAAGUCAAGUGAGGAUUCUUACUACAGAUUUAAUGACCUUAACUACAGAUGGGUCUCUUUGGAUAACUGGACCUAUAGCAAAGAAUUUAAAAUCCCCUUUGAAAUUAGCAAAUGGCAAAAAGUAAAUUUGAUUCUUGAGGGAGUGGAUACAGUUUCAAAAAUCCUGUUCAAUGAAGUCACUAUUGGGGAAACAGACAAUAUGUUCAAUAGAUAUAGCUUUGAUAUUACCAACGUGGUCAGGGACGUGAACUCCAUUGAGCUGCGUUUCCAGUCAGCGGUGUUGUAUGCAGCACAGCAGAGCAAAGCUCACACUCGCUACCAGGUUCCCCCAGACUGCCCUCCACUUGUGCAGAAGGGUGAAUGCCAUGUCAACUUUGUUCGGAAGGAGCAAUGUUCCUUUAGUUGGGACUGGGGGCCUUCCUUUCCUACCCAGGGAAUCUGGAAAGAUGUUAGAAUUGAAGCCUAUAAUAUUUGUCACCUGAACUACUUCACAUUUUCCCCAAUAUAUGAUAAGAGUGCCCAGGAGUGGAAUCUGGAAAUAGAGUCUACAUUUGAUGUUGUCAGCUCAAAGCCAGUUGGUGGUCAAGUGAUCGUAGCCAUCCCUAAGUUGCAAACACAACAGACAUACAGCAUUGAACUUCAACCUGGGAAAAGGAUUGUUGAGCUAUUUGUGAACAUUAGCAAGAAUAUUACUGUAGAAACUUGGUGGCCUCAUGGACAUGGAAACCAGACUGGGUACAACAUGACUGUUCUUUUUGAACUGGAUGGAGGCUUAAAUAUUGAAAAAUCAGCUAAGGUUUAUUUUAGGACAGUGGAACUUAUAGAAGAGCCUAUAAAAGGGUCUCCUGGUUUGAGUUUCUAUUUCAAAAUUAAUGGAUUUCCCAUAUUUCUAAAAGGCUCAAACUGGAUCCCAGCAGAUUCAUUCCAGGACCGAGUAACCUCUGAGUUGUUACGGCUCCUUUUACAGUCUGUUGUGGAUGCUAAUAUGAAUACUCUUCGGGUUUGGGGAGGAGGAAUUUAUGAGCAGGAUGAAUUCUAUGAACUCUGUGAUGAACUAGGAAUAAUGGUAUGGCAGGAUUUUAUGUUUGCCUGUGCCCUUUAUCCAACUGAUCAGGGCUUCCUGGAUUCAGUGACAGCAGAAGUUGCCUACCAGAUCAAGAGACUGAAAUCUCAUCCUUCUAUCAUCAUAUGGAGUGGCAAUAAUGAAAAUGAGGAGGCGCUGAUGAUGAACUGGUAUCAUAUCAGUUUCACUGACCGGCCAAUCUACAUCAAGGACUAUGUGACACUCUAUGUAAAAAACAUCAGAGAGCUUGUACUGGCAGGAGACAAGAGUCGUCCUUUUAUUACGUCCAGUCCUACAAAUGGGGCUGAAACUGUUACAGAAGGCUGGGUCUCUCAAAACCCUAAUAGCAAUUAUUUUGGUGAUGUCCAUUUUUAUGACUAUAUCAGUGAUUGCUGGAACUGGAAAGUUUUCCCGAAAGCUCGAUUUGCAUCUGAAUAUGGAUAUCAGUCCUGGCCGUCCUUCAGUACAUUAGAAAAGGUCUCGUCUACAGAGGACUGGUCUUUCAAUAGCAAGUUUUCACUUCAUCGACAACAUCACGAAGGUGGUAAUAAACAAAUGCUUUAUCAGGCUGGACUUCAUUUCAAACUCCCCCAAAGCACAGAUCCAUUACGCACAUUUAAAGAUACCAUCUACCUUACUCAGGUGAUGCAGGCCCAGUGUGUCAAAACAGAAACUGAAUUCUACCGCCGUAGUAGCAGCGAGAUAGUGGAUCAGCAAGGGCACACGAUGGGGGCACUUUAUUGGCAGUUGAAUGACAUCUGGCAAGCUCCUUCCUGGGCUUCUCUUGAGUACGGAGGAAAGUGGAAAAUGCUUCAUUACUUUGCUCAGAAUUUCUUUGCUCCACUGUUGCCAGUAGGCUUUGAGAAUGAAAACACGUUCUAUAUCUAUGGUGUGUCAGAUCUUCACUCGGAUUAUUCGAUGACACUCACUGUGAGAGUCCAUACAUGGAGCUCCCUGGAGCCCAUGUGCUCUCAUGUGACUGAACAUUUUGUGAUGAAAGGAGGAGAGGCUGUCUGCCUUUAUGAGGAGCCAGUGUCUGAAUUGCUGAGGAGAUGUGGGAAUUGCACACGGGAAAGCUGUGUGGUUUCCUUUUACCUUUCAGCUGACCAUGAACUCCUGAGCCCGACCAACUACCACUUCCUGUCCUCACCGAAGGAGGCCGUGGGGCUCUGCAAGGCGCAGAUCACUGCCAUCAUCUCUCAGCAAGGUGACAUAUUUGUUUUUGACCUGGAGACCUCAGCUGUCGCCCCCUUUGUUUGGUUGGAUGUAGGAAGCAUCCCAGGGAGAUUUAGUGACAAUGGUUUCCUCAUGACUGAGAAGACACGAACUAUAUUAUUUUACCCUUGGGAGCCCACCAGCAAGAAUGAGUUGGAGCAGUCUUUUCAUGUGACCUCCUUAACAGAUAUUUACUGAAGGAAUCUAGGUUGUAUUUUCAGUGGACAAUGGGAAUAAAGCAUUUCUAAAGCACCGACUGGAGAGGAAGGCAACAGAGACAAGGAGAGAAGCCGAGAGACAUGUCUGCGUGCUGCCACGCAUCUGAGCGAUUGCUCUGUGAAGAGUUGUACACUGAACACUUUCAGGGGAGGCUGUUUACCCAGGCAAUGUCCUCAAACAAGCCUGUGCCGGGGUGUCCUGGAAUCUGUGCCAGGACUGUGUUUUUAGCCCUUCACCUCUCAGCUUUAGCACGACAUGAACCAGUUAUAACAAGAUGGCCCUGCAGCUAGUUACAAGAAUGUGACAUGGCAGGAUCUAUGGAACCAAAUGGAAGGUUUUGAGGUGAUGUAGGUCUUUCACAGCUAGCUUUGGGGAAUACGGAAUACUCAAAUAAAGUGCUUUGUUAUUAUUUCAGAGGGAAUGGCGAUUGAAAUGUUACAACAGAGAUUUCUUGGUGGUAGCUAUUUGGGUAAAGGUAUAUGGGUAUUUUUCUGUACAUGUGAAAUUAUAUAAAAAUAAAAGUUAUAUAAAUUACAUUGACAA